AUAAUGUAACACAUCGCGGAACUGAGCUUCGGAAAGGAGCUACUGAUCGGUCUGGUUUUUUUUCCUUUCACUGGAAGUCUAACAGGAAGAGUGGAAUCGAUAAAGAGCGAAACUAAGUUGCCAGGCUGAAAUAAUUUAAUUACGAUAUUGGUAUAUGACCUUUUGAAGAAACCACAUGCUGUAAAAUAUUGUUAUAUUUGUCCUAAAGGCAGACAUAUAGAGUGUGUAUAUCCGAACGCGUCUCCGGGAUUUUUUUACAUGUAAAAAAAUAACGCGAUCGACUUUAUUACUCUUGAAACUCGCUCUUCCGCGUUGCAAUGUUUCUUUCAAACGACAAACAGCGACUUUCAAACCGGAAAUCUUAUUGAACGGCAGUCUCUUCCUCAUACAUAAUUUUAAGAGGGGCCUGGUUGGAUCACAGAGCUCAAAGGACGCCAUGAGCAUAAUCGGAGCAGAAGACGAGGACUUUGAGACCGACCUUGAGUCCGCAGUAGAUGACCACUGCAGCCAUUUUAGCAGCCUCGACCUGGUGAAGACUCGGCCCACCCACCUGCUGGUCUUCCUCCAACAUGUUAUGCUCCAGUUUGACUGUGCACCUUUGCUUUGUUACCUCCAUGCCGACCUCUUCAGGACCUACAAUGCCAAAGAGACCAAGAAGCAGUUCUCUGAUUUCUACAACACAUUUCUGGACAAGGGGGCGGUUCUCAGAGUGUCCAUUCCUAGCCACAUAGCCUUUGAGCUGGACCGCUCCCGCCCUGAGCUGCUGGGUGACGAAACACAGAGGCGCUUUGCCCUUGACAUCCAGAAUAACAUCUCCUCAGAGGUCGUCAAGCAGCUGGACGACUUCAGAACAAAGAGGAUGAUGGGAAUGACGCCGUAUGAGCACGAGCUGAUCGAGGUAGAAAAUCACCGAGCCACAGAGAGGAUCCCAUUGGAGAUGAAAGAGAAGGCCAUGGCUGAAACGCUGCUCGACAAGAUGUUUGACAUCCAACCCACAAUCAGUACAGAUGAGGAGAAAUUCUCCGCCAUCUUCAGUGCGGUCACCUCCUUAAUGAAGCACCUUGGAGUGAAAGCCAAGGCCACGGACAACAAGAAGUCCAGGAGCUUUUUCUGGAAGAUUCCUGGAAGGAAGCCCGAUGAAACCAAGUCCAAGCAGCGCUUUCCCAGCAUCCUCAGUGACCCAGCACGUUGGAUAGGUGGUGGCAAUGAAAUCAAAACUAAAUUGGACAAUGAAGUUGACAAGGAGAAAUUUAACCAGGAGCGGAAGGGUUCAAGUGCCCAGUUCUCCCGACCUGUGGCCCCCGAUCCCAUCCCUGCGAAGAGGCCGUCAACCGCUGGCAUCGGUGGAGUUCGAGAAUCCCGGGAUGGGCCUGAGAAUCCCGACACGCCUGGGGUCAGCAUUAGUGUGAUCACCAGCCCGGACCCCCCAAACACUGACCCUGGUGUGACCAGUAAUCGUCUAGACCCCCCGUCUGUAUCUGAGGGUGGGGAAGUGUCUCCAGUUGGGACGGUGGUGAGCCCGCCCAUUUGGGAACCAGCUCCUGCCCCUGACCCCCUGCCCGAGGACACCCAGGACAAGGACAGACGCAAGACAAGGAUGUCAGGGCGCCUGGCUCGCAGCGAGAGCCUGUGUGUGGAGCGGCGCCGCUCUCACCGGGGUAGCUCCACACGCGGGAAACAGUCGCGCUCCCGCAGUGACGUGGACCUGCAGGCGGCGAGCAGCCUUGCAUGCCCCCCCUCGCCCUCCCAACCACACUUUCCUCCCAGCGGCGACCUCGGCACGGCUUCCUCCGACAGCCUGAUCCUCACCCCACUCCCACAAGAGGAGGUGGAGCCUCGUCUCCUGGAGCUCGAGCAGGAUCCACCCAACUGGAGAGAUCAGGUACCUGGAGGCAUUUUCAAGGAACUGAGCAAGAAGGAAAUCAAGAGACAGGAGGUCAUCAACGAGCUGUUCACCACGGAGCACGCCCACGUACGCAUGCUGAGUGUGCUGCAGACUGUCUUCUUCCGUCCACUUGAGCGCCGUGAGAUAAUGACCCUCCCCGAGCUCAGCACCAUCUUCCCCAACCUGGACGACAUCUUCGAGAUGCAUUAUGCCUUCUAUGAGAACCUGAAGAAACUCAGGCAGGAGGACAACUUUAUCAUCAAAACUUUAUCCUCCACGCUCCUGAACAGGUUCCACGGCUCAGAGGGCGAGUGGUUCCAGAAGCUGACAGCUCGAUUCUGCAGUCACCAGUCCUACGCACUGGACGUGAUCAAAAGCCGGCAGAAGAAAGACCCCAGCUUUGGGUCCUUCAUACAGGAAGCAGAGGCCAAGCCUCAGUGCCGGAGGCUUCAGCUGAAGGACAUCAUCCCCAUGGAGAUGCAGCGGCUCACGAAGUACCCACUUCUGCUGGGGAGCAUUGCCAAGAGCACAGCGGACCCCGUUGAGAAGGAAAGAAUCGAGCAGGCCGAGGAAUGCUGCCGUAGAAUCCUUAACCACGUCAAUGAGGUCGUGAAGGACAUGGAGAACCUUCUGACCCUGAAAGACUACCAGCGCAGACUGGACACGUCAGGCCUGAAGCCCAGCACCGAGCUGUACCAGGAGUACAAGAAUCUUGACUUGACCUCCAGGAGGAUGAACUUUGAAGGACCUGUCACCUGGAAGGUCACCAAAGAGAAAUCUGUCGACGUGCAGUGUGUCCUUCUGGGGGACCUGCUGGUGUUGCUGCAGCGACAAGACGAGAAGAUGGUCCUCAAGUGCCACAGCAAGACACAGUCUGGCGUUCCGGAAAGCAAGCAAAUGUUGAGUCCUGUCAUCAAGCUAAGCUCCGCCUUGCUGAGGGAGGUGGCCACGGACCCGAAGGCCUUCUACAUGAUCACUUGUGAGGGGGGCGCUCAGAUCUAUGAGCUGGUGGCCAACUCGGCCGUGGAGAGGAAAAAUUGGACUGCUGUAAUCCAGUCCGUGGUGAAGGAGCUCAAGAUGAACGGAGGCUCCACCUUGGAAAAACCGAAAUUAAGCAGCCUGCCCCCGACCAUAGCAGGGGUGCCGUACAGCCCGACCACCUUACAUCCCCAGCUCACCCUGACGGAGAACGGCAGCGGACCCCGUAGCAUUAGCUCUGACCCAGAUAAGUUUGAAGCCAAAGUUGGAGACACUCGACAAGCGCUUAUUGAUUACCUGUCAGCCAAUGGGUUUGAGCUGCUCAGCCACAGCAACGCCCCUCAAGAGAAAGUGGCCAGUGGCGCAUUUGAAGAUGUUGCUGUGCUGGAACAGUUGCUGGUAGGUGGUACUGCACCAAAAGCCUCUCAGCCAGAGGAAGAGAGCAGAGAGGAUCUGGAGGCUGAUGGCAGCCAGUCGGCAGCAGAGGGCGACAGCACCAACAGAAAGAGCACAGUGGAGCAGGGAGGGAAAAAGGAAGGAGGCCCAGAUGGUGAGGGGCAGCCCAUAGUGCUGUCUCAGGACCAGGUGACUGAGAUGUUGAGGUGUCUUCAUAGCCUUGAGCUGCAUCUGAAACAGCUACAGGCUGUAGAAGAAGAACAUCACAGAUUGCAGGAUAUCCUCUGCAAGUUCUCCAUUUCUGCCGAAAGCUACCAGUAAGGCGGCCAGAAGGUGCUAAAAAGCCGCCGGACAUCAGUCCUCCUGCUUUGCCUGCAGCUUCAUCCCUUCCCCUUCUCUUGCACCCUUCCAUCUCUGUCCAUGUUGGACCCCCAUGGGAAGGUUGGCUCCGGACGAUCAGAUGGACGACAGGGUCAUCCUGGAUCCCAGCAUGUCUUCGUUAGGCCUUCCUUAGUCCUCACUGAAGAUCGGUGGGAACUGGUUUGUUAUGGCUAAAAUUACACAAAUCUAAUCACAAUGGGGUAACAAACAAACUGCCAAAGACAGGAUCUGUACUGUUUCUCUGAGUGAUAUAGUGCACUGCCUUAGUGUAUAGAUUAUGAUCUGUAGUAAUGCAUGCGCACACACACGUCUGUCAAGUGUGAUUUUUACAGUGACUGCAAGUUGGUGGCCAGGACUUCUACCAGUGGAGAUGAAAACAGCCAAAUUUAGUGGGUGACUGUGACAAUCAAAUCAAAUUCUGGAAUUUUGGAAUUUGUAUAUGUUGUUAUAAUAAUCUAUCCAGAUGCCAAUCAUUAAGAAAACACGUCUAUAUGGGUGCAAUUUUACAGAUGGAAUUGUCUGGAGCAGUGCCACUGAUUACUGAAAUUAAGAGUCCUGAGAAAACUAAACUAGUUAACUGAUCUCAGAGCAUGUUAGGCUGUACUCUGAGAGCUGGCAGGCAUAGUAUUAGUGGUUUUUUAGGGUUUAGUAGCUGCUCCUCCAUCCUGAUGAAUGGGUGUGUGUAGGGGAUGUGGUGUGGGUGGUGCAGAAAGGAGAGUGAGGGAGAAUCAUGUAAAUUAAGUCAUUAAGAACAAAUAAGUGAUGAAAGCAGGAAUUAUCAGUGAAGAGAAGCGAUGGUUUGGAGGAAUGUAAACGUGGGGGCCGCAGUGGCCAUGGAUCAGGCACAGGAGGGCGACGGUGAUGACAUGUCAAUUCAAUAUGCAGACAUGCACAUGCAGGCACUUCUCUGGACUGUAGUGUGUUACACAGUGAAGGGGUGUCAUGUUCUCUGGACUGUACCACAGCAAGGGGGUUUCAUGUUCUCCAGACUGUACCACAUAGCACAGAGAAGGGGUGUCACACGCUGGGAGCCAGUAACAAUGCUGUCAUAGUAUGUAGGAUGAAAAUUAUAUCUAUAUCAACAGCAAUAUGUAUUUUUCUUCAAGAUAAUAAAUGGUAGUUUUUUAUACUUUUGUCUUUUAAAUCUCCAGCAUCAGAGCAGGACCAAAGACAGAACCUGAUGGGUAGUCUUAGCUCUUGUCAUUUUUGUGUCUAAGUGCCAGUAAAUCUCACACCCCAGCUUUCUUCACCCACAGGCUUGUUACUAUAGCCUGUGACGCACAUUUCCUGCAUGUACCUUUGAGUACCCUUUAUUUCAAUCAUGCGCCAACAUAUCUGCUUACAACAGUGCGUCACUGUGAGACUCCGUCAAUACAGCGGGUCCUAACUCUAACCCUGUUCUCACUGUGGGCUCCACAUGAGCUUCUCCCAUCGUCACUGAAGUCACUGACUUGACGUGGGUCACUGGCAGCUUCACCUAAAUGAGUUAGAGCUCGAGACAUCAGCCAAGACACAGCUGCUACAGUCCAUUACUGUAACUGUCCGCUUUCUGCUGAUGAUCAGUGUGCUUUCAUCGCUGCUGUAUUAUGCAAUAGGUUUAGCUUAUUUUUUAAGCAGGGCCUUGACACCGUAUACAAGUUAAACCGCAACACCGUUUGUGACCUCUAGUUCCCACAGCUACUUCCAAUGUCCUAUAGUAUGUAGCAUCUUAGAAGCAUAUGGCCAGAUUUGACUAAAUAAAUGAUCUGUAACUGCUUGUAGUUGAAGUAUUUUCCAGAGGACCAUCUAUGUCCCCUCCAUACUUGUCUCCCCCUCUCCCACAAAAACUCCGGGUCAAAGAUGCAGGACACGCAAGGAGGAGGGCAGAAAUCCUACUGACUACCAGGACCUAACUCUCCUGCCCUCUUCCUGUUAAGUCCCAUUGCACAAUUUUAUUGAGUGUUUCUUUAAAUAUACUCUAAUGGGCAGGGGGUAUGUGUUUGUUCAAAAUUACGGUCUAAAGUUCAUACUAUGCAUUGAUGAUCAUGUCAGUGAUGUACCUUGGAAAUCCUCAUCCAUCACAAGCAUGGAGACCAACAUUAAAUGUAACUGUCUACUACCAACACCCAUAGCUUGCCAUUAUAUCUGGCUGUAGUGAUCAGUAAAAACAUGAAGUGUCUCAUUUGGCUUUUGACCAUCAUUUCAUUAUUUGUAGGAAGGAGAUCCUCUCUGGGCUGUUCCUACUGAACGUGCCUGUUUUGGCCUGGCAGUACGCAGUCCUGCAAUGCUGCAUGAGCGCAUGGAGAUGGCAGGGGUCCUAGCUGCACACGCUGGCAGCUGGAGGCUAGCAGGCCCCCUCCAUCUCCUUGCAGCAGCCGGCCUAGUCACCCCCCCCCCCCACCCCCCGCACGCUUUCCGCACACAUCCUAUAUGCAAAUACAUAGACCUAUAUGUUUAAGAAUUAUAUUUAUAUGGGUGCCUGGUAAUGAUCGAUCCUCUAUCUUUCCAAAGGGCUUUUCUGGAAACACUGUGGCGAUCCUUUGGUGCAUGAUCACAUCGAGCUCAAUGGUCAAUCAGAGUAUAUCUAGUGUCGUUUUGAUCUGUGCUCUAUCCACCUUUUUUUUUUUAUGGUGAUGUGCUCGUUUCUCAUCACCUGCCAAAUGCAGCUGGCCGUUUUCCCAGACGGCACUGUGUGGAGCAGGUCUGAUCAGAGAGGAGCUCAACACACAUUUAUCUGAUCUAUAUGGAUAUUCAAGAAGUAUACUGUGUAUUUGGGCUUUGAUUUUUAUCUAUAAGAGGGUUUUAAUUAUGUAAACUUGAGUAGAGGUACGUUUUUCUUCCAUUUUUUAAAUAAAUGAACCUGUUUCAGCCA